GUUUGUUUUUCAAAAAAACUGGUUUCCUGUCUCGGAGCCAACCAAUGUAAUAGUUCAUGUUAACCGGACUUAGCCUCACCUCAAAAGGCCACAAAUACCCCUAUUUUGUCAAUUUCAAUCCAUGUAUCUCUAACAACCGAGAGUUACAUUAAUAAAUAUGGCAGAUACAAGACAUGGAAGCCCGCGUGGGUGUCUCCUGCAAAUAUGAUCAGAAACGUACACAUCGCAUCCUUGGUAGGCCGACAGCCUGCUUCGUUGCCAACCCCUCAUGGUACAACACAAACAGCCCCACCCCACCCUUUCCAGCUUUAGCAUCUUUCUGUUUGCCGCUUUCAUUUUGUCCUCGGAACUCAACCAUAUUCCGAUGCUUCAAAGGUGACAAAUGUGUUUGUCAGCGCACCGCAUUAGUUCAGCCAAUUGGGGAAAACCAGGCCCUGCAUUCAAUUCCUCUUCUUCUCUUUUUCUUCUGUUUUUCACGUUUUUCUUUGCUGACCCUUUUUGCUCACACAAAGCAAUUCAUGUUUGGUUGCCAUUAUUCAACACCACGUUUACAGGUUGCCGGCCUACCCUUUUCUGAUUUCUUUUUUCCUCAGUUGCUUAUAUUGACCACCAACUAACAGUCUUAACAGCUCUUUUUCUUUAUAAGCUUGACCUUUCUCUCCUUUCCGCAGAUCCUACCUGUUUCCUGUCCUAUAAAUAAAACCCGCCAUCAAGAUUCUAGAUCCAAGGAAGGAGAAGUUUGGGAUUUGAAAUUUGGGAGGAAGAAAGAUUGAUUCUUUAAUAAGAAAAAGGCCUCUGAGAUGGAGAACUCCAAAUGGGCAGUGAUAUCACCAUUCAUCCCAUAUUUGAUCUCCUUUUUAGCUCUUGUCCUUCUUCAUGAACAGAUAUCUUACCUUAAGAAGAAGCGGUUUCUUCCCGGGCCGGCGUUGGUGUUCCCGUUCAUCGGAAGUGUGAUCACGCUGGUCACCAAUCCGACCAAGUUCUGGGAUGUCCAGUCGUCUCUUGCGAAGGCAAGUGGCCAUGGCAUUUCAGUGAAUUACAUCAUCGGCCGCUUCAUUCUUUACAUCCAUUCAACAGACCUCUCCCACAAGGUGUUCUCCAAUGUCCGGCCAGAUGCUUUCCACCUCAUUGGCCACCCAUUCGGGAAGAAGCUCUUCGGCGAGCAUAACUUAAUCUAUAUGUUCGGUCAGGAACACAAAGACCUCCGCCGCAGAAUCGCCCCCAACUUCACCCCCAAAGCGCUGGCAACCUACACGAGUAUUCAACAGAGGAUUAUUAUCAAACACCUGGCGUCCUGGCUGGAGAUGUCUUCCAAUGCGCCGUCCCAGCCGAUCCCACUCCGCAUUCUGUGCCGAGACAUGAACCUGGAAACUUCCCAGACUGUUUUCGCAGGGAUGUAUUUAAGCGGGGAGGCGCGGCGGAGGUUCAAUGUGGACUACAACUACUUCAAUGUCGGAUUGAUGAAACUUCCGAUCGACCUGCCGGGUUUCGCUUUCAGAAACGCGAGGCUGGCGGUGGACAGGCUGGUGGACACGCUUUCGGUGUGCGCCGAGCAGAGUCAGAGGAAGAUGGAAAAGGGAGAAGAAGCUACUUGCCUCAUCGAUUUCUGGAUGCAAGACGCUAUAAGGGAAACCAAUGAGGCGAAGGAGAACGGCGGCGAUGUGGGUCUCGGCUAUAGCCACCGGGAGAUCGGCGGGCAUCUAUUCGACUUCCUCUUCGCCGCUCAAGACGCUUCCACUUCGGCCCUGGUGUGGGCGGUGGCGCUCUUGGAAUCUCAUCCGGAUGUUCUCGAGAGAGUCAGAACAGAAGUGAAGAGAUAUUGGUCGCCGGAAUCGGAUCAGCCAAUCGGCGCGGAGCAGCUCAGGGAAAUGAGGUACGUGGAGGCGGUGGCGCGUGAGAUUAUUCGGUUCAGAACUCCGGCGACAUUGGUGCCGCAUAUCGCCGGAGACGAUUACCGGUUGACGGAGAAUUAUGUUAUUCCCAAGGGAACCAUUGUAUUCCCGUCGGUAUUUGAUUCGUCGUUUCAGGGGUUUCCAGAACCGGAAAAAUUCGACCCGGACCGGUUUAUGGACGAAAGGCAAGAGGACCGGGUUUAUAGGAGGAACUUUCUGGCAUUUGGGGCUGGCCCCCACCAGUGUGUGGGCCAAAAGUAUGCGAUCAACCAUCUGAUACUCUUCAUAGCAGUGUUUACGGCUACGAUUGAUUUCAAGCGUCACCGAACGGACGGCUGCGAUGAGAUUGCCUAUGUCCCCACCAUUGCUCCCAAGGACGACUGCGCAGUCUAUCUCUCCCUGAGAUGUCCCAAAUUUCCUUCCCUGUCUUGACACUUUAUGCCCUUGGCAAUCCAAUCCUUUAUUGAUCAACAUUUGACGAUCUUUAAACUUUUAAAUCUAUUCUGGAUUAUAGUUAUCGUUUUCAACGCUCCAUUUUUCUUUAAUUUAUGAGUGAUGGAUGAGUUGUGAUUGAUUAUACAUGUGAGGCUGUAACAAUGUUUUAAUCAAAAGGUUCUUUGGAAUGAAAACAAAUUCCUC